GCAACUCUGAACAAUAUGCCAAGAAUAAUGUAAAGUUUUACAGUUAAAUAAAGCAGAAACGCACUGGCACACAGCUGACACACACAAUAUUAUACUUAUAUAAUUCAAUAUCAUCGACAAACACAGCCUGUAAUUAUUUCAGCACGCGGUGUCUUGUACUCUGCAGAGAGCAGCUGGUCAGUCAGAGACAGACGUGUGUACUUUAGGUUAUGAGCCCAAAGUCCGGAAGUCUCUCAGCUGCGCACAUGUGGAUCGGAUUCUUCCGUCAGCAGACUUUCAGCGAAUUAAGUCACUACCACAGACACAAAUGAUGCACUGGACUAAAAUGAAGAAAGAUGAGCUUGACAGGCAGUAUUCACCCAGCCGGUGGUCGCACAGGAUGUCGGCAGACGACGUGAUCAAGGCUCACGAGAAGGCUUUAAAGGAAGGGACGGAUCGUGCCCGUGGUCUGGCUCAAACGUUGCUCAACGUGCCAUACGGAGAGGGAGAUGGAGAGAAACUGGAUGUCUACAUACCCCGCACCAACUCUUUGGAUGUUCCCCUUGUUAUUUACCUACAUGGAGGGAACUGGCAGUUCCUCAGCAAGGAGGAGUCAGGAUUCAUGGCUGUUCCUCUCGUUGACAAAGGUGUAGUGGUGGUUGCCGUCGAUUAUGACAUCGCCCCCACAGGCAGCAUGGACCUGAUGGUAUCUCAAGUACGCAGGAGUGUCGUGUCUGUUGUCCAGCAGUAUUCUCACAUCAGUGGUCUGUACCUGUGUGGCCACUCUGCUGGGGCUCACCUGGCUGCAAUGGUCCUCUCCACUGACUGGUCGCAAUACAGCGUCACUCCUCAGAUCAAAGGUGCUUUCCUUGUUAGUGGCAUAUAUGACCUCCUGCCCAUCCUGUCCACCUACGUCAACGAGCCUUUGAAGAUGACAGAGGAGGUGGCGGUGAGGAACAGCCCCAGCAAACUGGUCCCUCAGCUCAAACUCUCCUCCUCCAGCUGCCACAUCAUCGUGGCCGUCGCUGAGAACGACUCGCCCGAGUUUCGCAAGCAGUCGGAAGAAUACUACAAAACUUUAGAGGCGUCAGGACUCAAUGUGACCAAGGAGGAUGUGGCGGACACCGACCACUUCAAUAUCAUUGAGCAGCUGGUAGAUGGGGAGUAUCACCUAACAAAGCUUCUCUUGAAGACGAUGGGGAAGAGCUAAGGCGGCGGUCUUUAUUCCAUCACCUAAUAUCAACGUACCUCUGUAUCAGCAUUCACCUCUUAACAGAGUCAUCGUGCACCGACACUGAUAAUACAUGCAUUAUUUCAGGUUUGUACAAGGUGAAUGUACAAUGUCUAUCAUCUUGAUUCAUCAGUAAUCAGGUGGCAUGGAUUGUUUUGAACAUCUUGAUCACUGUGUCAUUUGUUAUACACAGUUGUUCAUUGUAGAUACUGUCAUAAAAACAUUGCGUGCCUAAAGCAGAGUCACUUCAAGGAGGGUGAUUGUAGCAAAUGAUACUGCUGUAAACAGAUUAUUUAACGACCAUUGUGCACAAUGUUAUCAUCAGGAAGGACUGUUCCACCGGCACACUAGGGGCUGUAGAGUUGAUACGUAGUUUAGACAUAUUCCCAGUGUUUUGUAAAAGGGUGAGUCUGUUUGUUUUGUGAUUUUCUGAAAUGCAACUUAAAGUUCAUCGGUAGGACAUGAAUAGGAGCUCACGUCAAGACUACUGACAUCAUACCGAGUUAAUGUAGGUUUUAAUUGUAACCUACACAAUGCUGACAUCUCGCCCAGGACACUUUAGUGGACACUGUACAUUUGCACCUAAUAGUAGAUUACUGAUAUUUAAGUACACAUAUUUUAAACAAACAGACGUGACUAAAUUUACCGAUGCACUUGUUACUGCGCUCAUUCUAGCAUCUUAAAUAAUUGGUUACAUUAUUGUUAACACAAAGUGUUGUAUUAAUGAUUACUGUAGAUUAUAAAGAGAAUCAUCACAAUAAAUAUUUAUAUUUAA